AUGGUCACAAAUUUGAGUUCAUCACAACUCUCACCAGGGAAUUGUUAUCAGAAACCCUAUCACACGUUUGAAGCUCUCCAAGCCAGUUUAGUUAGGAGGGAAGCUCACGACGACUAUAUGAUAGCAGGCCUGAAAGACCUUCUAGCCAAACUCGAGCGCCAUGCAGCCCGCCGUCGCGCGACCCACAAACAGCUAGAGUCGUCGUCGGAGGAUUCAUCAGCACCACCACCAUCGACCAACGUGGCCGUCGCUGCAGCUGCACCUCCACCGAAGCAAGUCGCUACGCUUGAUGACCACUGUGGCCAUGUCCCAAUACCUCCAGCCGCUGCCAUCCUGCCAACAGUUUUCGCGGACGAGGAAUCAUCACUAGCACCACCUUUAAUCCUCGUCGUUGCUGCCUCGCAGUUGCAAGGGAAGACCAAGGCAUCACCCUUCACCGAUCCGGCCACUGCGGCUAUUCUUCCAGCACAGCACAACAAAGAAGAUGACCGAAUAGCACAAUUCCAAUUGAGGGCCAUCCUAAGGUGCUGCUAA